AUGGCAAAUGAACACUCCCACCCCGUACGCAUCUUAAUAAUCAACCCCAACGCAUCGACACACAUGACCGACGCACUGAAACCCGUCGUUGACGCCCUAGGCUACCCAUCAGCGGAAUACACCUACUUCACCUCCCCUUCCCCAGGGAUCCCGAGCAUCAACUCGCCCUCCGAUGCCGCAACGAGUGCGGAAAUCUGCCUCCCGGCCCUCAUUCCCCUGCUGGCCCACCACGACGCCUUCCUCGUCGCCUGCUACAGCGAACACCCUCUCGUGCCUCUCCUGAAACGCGAAUGCGCAGCUCUGACUGGGUCCGCGACGAGUGGCACCCAGUGUCAAAGCGCACGGAAACAUGUCACAGGUAUCUUCGAAGCAAGCAUUUUAAGUUGCCUCUCACUCCUGACCGAGAAGGAGGAUGGGUUUGGGAUCGUUUCCACGGGGAAAGUUUGGGAAGAGGCGCUGCCGAGUGCGGUGGAGUCGUUUUUAGGGAUUCCUUCUCCAGGUGUGAGCGUGGGUGCGAGUCCAGCUGGGCGAUUCCACGGCUGCGAAACAACAGGACUCAAUGCGAGCGAAUUACAUGAUCUACCCACAGAGGAAGUGAGGGAAAAAAUGAUGGAUGCAACGAAACGGCUGCUCGGACGUGGUGCCCCAGUGGAGGGUUCAGGAUCCAAGGUCAAGGCAAUCUGUCUCGGCUGUGCAGGUAUGGUCGGGCUCGAGGAGGCGGUGCGUUCUGCGUGUGGAGAAGAACUCGGCCCCGACGCAGGCAAGGAGGUUCAUAUCGUCGACGGGGUCAAGGCUGGUGUGGGUGUCUUGUAUGGGCUUGCCAAGGGCGGGUUUUGA